UCCAUAUUCUUUUCAUGAUAUUCUUCCAUUUUCCUUUUUCCAAUGAUCCGGGAUUGCCCAUUGAUCUCCCGAUUCAAGGGGAUGUGGCCACAGGCAUAAUCAUCAUCACGUCUUUGAGACGGUUCGAAACACGUUCCAUUAAUGGCUUAGAAGCCAUGCGUUACAAGUCACGUUACAAGUGUUCUGUGGCCGUGCUCGAAGCUGGUUCUUCAUUUUAUGGCUGUCUCGGCUGUCUCCUUAGCUGUGGUGGCAUACCUUGGCGUUCUACGUAGACUGUCUCCGAUGUUUGCCAGAAUUGGAACACACCCCUAGUACAAUUUAGUAUUUCCUGCCAGUUGCCAGUUUUCGCCGAGUGUGCGCUCUUGUUGAAUUUCUUGCUCUAUGGGAUUACUCCUGUACUGCCUAAUUUCAAUCGCCAGGUGCUCGUGAGGUGCCGGCGCCAGCCCAGAGAUGGCUUCGUCCAACCACAUCGUGGAUGAUUUUGAGAACUCUUUUCAGGCAUGUCUGGCUGCAGUCACAAAUCCAGAUUACUUCUACGUUCGUGACUCGGAAGAAGUAAAAACAGGAGUUGAGCAGACUAUACAGCGGUUCCUGGAUGUAGCUAAACAGAUGGAGAGUUUCUUCCUUCAGAAAAGGCUGGUACUGUCUGCUCAGAAGUCUGAACAAAUGGUCAUGGAGGAUAACACAGAGCUGAAGAAUGAGCUGGCCCGCAAAGAACAGUUGCUACAGAAGUACAAUGAGAAGAUUCACUACUGGCAAAGCCUUCUGAAUGACACAGCAAAUGCAACUGGGCAGCAGCCACAGCCACAACCACAAGCACCUCCAGGAGGUGGCACACAGCAAGGCAUGCCUACACAGAGCCAGCAGUCUAUGCCAAUGGGUGGUGCAGCACAAGGCCUGCCAGGUCCACUGGCCUACUUGGAGCGGACCACAUCCAACAUUGGCAUGCCAGAUCCCAGGCGAUGAAGACUAGAGGCACACCAAAGUGACUGCUUACACAUGAUCUCUCAAAAACCAUAAGAAAGUGCUAUGUGUGAGAUGCGCAGCUAGCUGUGGUAUGCAGUGGACAGAAGGGCCUCAGUAGGCUUAAAACAGACCGAUUUGUUGUGAUAAAUAUUAUGCAAGUGCCCCCAUCUCCAAAAGACUUUACCUGUGGCGUAAAAUUAUGCCCCCGCCUGUUACUGCUGCCUUUUCGUGCAUACCCCGACACUUAACACAGACCAGGGGCUCUAUAACGUAAAACUAUUCCAAUAUGUUUUUAUUCCAAUCUCCUGAUGUUGAAUUUGCGUAACCGCCGAUGCAAGCAUUGGGCGGUCACCCGCAGGGUUGUCUGAACAGACCAAUCAAACGCUCUCCUCGUUCAUAGGAGGUCACUUUUGUUUGCUUGAAAAACUAAUAACAUUGCAUACACUGAGUGGGUUGUCUUAUCUAAUUGGCUGGCAAUAGGCGAGGAGCACGCUCUAGUGGAGGGGGAUUCAAUGGGGCCGAGCCACUGCAAUGAAAAUCGAUAACCGGACAAAAGAGGGUGGUGCCGGCGUCUGCGAUUGGUCCACUUUCCUUACUUAGCUUGCGGUGGUUGGUCGAAAAUCUCGACAGCAUGCAACGGAAGCUUAAGAAUGCCGCUAAAACAGAUCCUCAGCAAAGAAGAGUUGGCAGAACGAGGUCGUAAACAUGCCGAAAGUGCUCGAAAACGUUACAAGGCCACGCAAAGUUUUAUUUAUACGCAAAUAAACCCAUGCUCUCUGGCAGGUGCGAGCAGCCAGUGCCUGAGCGAUUGGCGGCAGCCAUUUUUUAUUCCUUUCGGAAAGGGGCAACCUGCGGCUAUUCAGAAGAAAACUGUUUUGUUUGGCACAUCAAAGGGACCCUGCAACGAUUUUGACGAUUUGCUACAAACGUACUCAGUCGUUACAGUAGGUCCUUCUGAUCAUUAAUUGACACAUCUAAGUGCUCUGCAUAAAGCGUGUAAUUUAUUAUAAGGUUUUAAAAAUGCACAUCGCUGCUGAUCGCAGCACACUGCUCGGCGGAAUUUUAAGCCGCCCCUACCCAUAUGACGGAAAUCACCCCUAUGACGUCAGUGGGGUGAGCUAUCUGGUUGACCAGGGUGUGUGAUCGAUAAUUUUUCCAACUUUAUGGUAAACAUAUGAGUUUCGUAAUAGUUGUAAUGUUAGUUCAUUUGUUUUUAUAAAAAGAAAGCAACAUAAAGAGAA